AACAGUCUAAUGCUAAAUGUUCUUCUAAAUCUACAGGUUUUGCAUGUAUCCAAAAAGAUCCACAUACUUUGCACUAUCUUAAACAAUACCCUUUUACAGAAACACCUUUAUUAAAAAAAGUCCAAACUCCUGCAGUUGGCCAGCCAGCAGAUUUUUUUAAAAUAGGUUCUAGAGAAUUUUCAUUUUGA